AUGGCGGAACAUUCAGAUGUAAGCAGCGCUGCUACCGAUGAUUACGACAUUUCAGAUAAUUCAUUAACUUUGUUUGAUACGUCUACGAUCAUAAGGCCGUACAUGUAUGAGCUGAUGGCAGAAGUCAACGUUCGGGACGAUCGUAGUGCCCAACACGUCGAAGAAAACUCGAGUACUCGACUCGAUAAUUUAGAUUGGUGUAAAUGUGGUGGACGAUGCCAAAUAUUGCCUACAAUAAGAGAAUGUGUAUGCUGUAGGGAGGUCACUGUUGUUGAUGCCAAGUGUUUAAAAGCAGUGUUUGAAUUUGGUUUAGAAGAAAGAUUGCAAUGCAUCACGCAACAUUCAGGCUUCCAAUGUGUUAGUUUGAACAAAUUUGUGCUACAAACUGCCUGGUUUCAAUACAGGCAGCAAUAUGACACCCCAUUUGAUGGUCCUGACCAUGAGAGAUAUCGACAUACUGCCUAUCGUCAGCUUGCAAGAUGGUGUUGGGGUUUUUUAGGAAAAAGUGUCCGUGUAGUUCUUUCUGCUUGUGCUGUUAGUUGCAUUCGUGCUCAUUUUCCACCACCAGGUCCUGAAGAAAAUGCAGUCUACAUAGGUCAUCAAUAUUAA